CCGCGCCGGCCGCACCGCGCCAACGCAGUCUACGGCCGGGUGUGUAUGCUCUGUCGGUCGCUGGGUCGCCGGGCCGUGCUCGUCUCAAGGCCUCAUCGGCCACGCAUUUACAAGCGGCGCGUCGCCGGAUUCAGUCGCGCGUUGCGCAGUGACACCCGCCCGCCGUCGCCCACUUCCCCAGGAUCUCGCCACAGGCCCCGCACCGCGCCUCCAGGAUGCUCCGCCAGUGCUGCGUGGUCCUUCGCCAGCAGCGGGCGCAGUCCCUGCCGCCCUGCCGGCGCUCUCACGCGCAGGCCCAGCUCGGGGCGAUCCUCGACCAGACGAUCGAGGACAUCAAGUCGGCGGGGACGUGGAAGGAGGAGCGCAUUCUCGUGUCCCCGCAGAAGGUGACCGUCAGGGUGCAGAACCACCAGGGGCCCAUCCUCAACUUCUGCGCCAACAACUACCUCGGCCUCGCGAACAACCGGGAGGUCAUAGAGGCGUCAAAAGCUGCCCUUGACAAAUAUGGAGCCGGCCUCAGUUCAGUCCGAUUUAUUUGUGGUACUCAAGAUAUCCACAAGGAGUUGGAAGGGAAAAUUGCAAAAUUUCAUGAAAGAGAGGAUGCUAUACUGUAUAUAAGCUGUUUUGAUGCAAAUGCAGGAAUAUUUGAGGUUUUGCUUGGUCCUGAGGAUGCUAUCCUCUCAGAUGAACUCAAUCACGCCUCUCUUAUAGAUGGGAUUCGUUUGUGUAAGGCCAAAAAGAACCGUUACAAGCACAGAGACAUGGAAGACUUGGAGAGGCAGCUGAAGGAAAACUCAAGCAGCAGGAUUAAGCUCAUUGUCACUGAUGGUGUUUUCUCAAUGGAUGGAACAGUGGCUCCACUUCCCCAAAUAGUCGAAUUGGCUGAGAGAUACGGAGCUUUGACUCUCAUUGAUGAGUGCCAUGCUACUGGAUUCUUCGGUAGCACAGGAAGGGGCACUGAAGAAUACCAUGGCGUGAGUGGAAAAGUUGACAUAAUCAAUUCUACUCUUGGUAAAGCACUAGGUGGUGCAGCCGGGGGCUAUACCACAGGCAAAAAAGAAUUAAUUCAACUUUUAAGGCAACGAUCUCGGCCUUAUUUGUUUUCAAACUCCCCUCCACCAGCCAUUACAGCAACAGCUAAUAAGGUAUUUGAUAUACUGUUAAAAUCACCAGACCAGCUCAUAUCCAGACUCAAAACGGGAACUGAAAAGUUUCGCACCAUGAUGAAAGCUGCAGGUUUUACAAUAUCAGGAGAUAAUCAUCCAAUAUGCCCUGUCAUGAUUGGAGAUGCUGCACUAGCAGCUCAGUUUGCUGAUAGAAUGUUAAGUAGAGGAGUAUAUGUUGUGGGAUUCAGCUAUCCAGUUGUCCCUCAAGGCAAAGCACGGAUAAGAGUGCAAAUAUCAGCAGCUCACACAGAGGAGGAUAUAGACUAUUGUGUUGAUGCUUUCGUAUCCAUUGGACGAGAAUUAAAAGUGAUAUAAAGUUAAGGCAUAAAAUAUCAAUAAGAAAAUAAUUAUUUCUUGUUUCAUUUUUUAUAAAUCAACACAAACUUAUAAAAAAAAAUUACAAUGAUUUGUUUGCCUAAGUCAUAUGUACAUAAAUUGUAUUAGAUAAAACUGUACAUAUUCUACCCAUUGACCACUGGCAAAUUUGUAUGUACAUACAAGGUUUCAAAAAAUAAAUAUAUAUGACUGUUUCUAACAA